UGUGUGUGUUCAUAUCUGCGUCACAGCAGAACCUUGUUGCUGGCCGGGGAGUGAAGAGUAGACGCGGUGUUUCUUGUGUUUGAUCUUUUCCAAAUCAUCCAUCAUGGUCAAAGUGACCUUUAAUUCGGCUCUUGCCCAAAAGGAGGUGAAGAAGGACAGCGAGACGCUUAUUCCCGAUGACAAGGACCCUGAGGCGGCGCAGGUUGUGGGUCAUCCGUCAAGGGUGUGGUGCUGGUGCUUCUACCUGGGACUGGCCCUCAUGCUGUCAGGUGUGGUCGUGGGCGGAGCUUACCUGUACAAGUACUACGUGCUGGAGGAAGGGCAGGUGUUUGUGUGCGGCAUAAAGUACCGUGAGGAGAACUACAGGAUCCAGGAGGAGAAUGAUGAUUUAUUGCAGGAAUGUGACCUGAGCUUGCGUAGGAUUGACGAGAUCGUGCGAGUGCUGCAGGACGAAGAGGUGGAGCUCAUCAACGUCCAGGUGCCCAAUUUCAGCGACAGUGACCCGGCCAUCAUUGUGCACGACUUCAAACGGAGGCUGACAGCGUAUUUGGAUUUGACUCUGGAUAAAUGCUAUGUGAUUCCCCUGAACACGUCCGUGGUCAUGCCUCCUCACGACUUGAUGGAUCUGCUGGCCAAGCUCAAGGCCGGCACCUACCUGCCACAGACAUAUCUGGUGCAUGAGCAGAUGAUUGUGACUGAGAAGCUGGAUGACAUCGAGCCCCUGGGUACCUACAUCUAUAAAGUGUGCCAAAACAAAGACACGUACAGACUGCAACGCCGAGACACCAUACUUGGUCUGCAGAAACGUGAAGCUCUGAACUGUCACAAGAUCCGGCAUUUCGAGAACCACUUCGCUGUGGAGACAUUGAUCUGUGAGCUGUGAGGAGAAACGUAAUGAAAAGAAGAUGAAUUGAAAGAAAGAGAGAGAGAGAGAGAGAGAGAGAAAGCAAGAGAAAGAAAAUGAUUUUUUGGUUUUAUUUUCAGUUUUGUCACUUUUCUGUUGCACAGUACUCAUGUUAAUGUUGUGAGUCAUUUAACGAUUGCAUUAAUUUCCAUUAUGCUUUAAGCUUUUCUAAUUCUUCUUCAUGGGUAACAUGUUAUAAAAUUGUGUGUGUGUGUGUGUGUGUGUGUGUGUGUGUGUGUGUGUGUGUGUGUGUAAAGAGAGAUAGAGAGAGAGAGAGAAAGAGAGUGCAUGUUUCAUCAGGAUGAUAUAAGCUUUAUAUAGUUUAUUUUUUAUUGUUGAUUUCUUCUUUUGGUAUUGGAUGCUAUUCAGUAACAUUUAGAUAUGAAUUAGUGAAAAAUAAACAUUUGAGAAAUUUUAGGAUAUUCAAAUAUAUCUUGAAUGUAUAUGUAUAUUUUCAAAUUAACAGAGGAUAUUCUGGCAUGAAGGUAAAAAUGAAAGUAAUUUUUAUACCACUGAACCAUGUUGUGCCUGUGGCUUUAACGGUUGAGAAUAAAUUACUUCUAAAUUUCUCACAUCCUAAUAUAACAUUCAUAAUCAGAUAAAUGUGUGUAGAAUCACACAGUAAGUGUAAUUCUAAUUUAUAUUAAUAGCAUUUCUGUAAAAAUAAUAAUAACAACAACAAUAAUAAUAAAGUCUUAAACUGUC